AUGGUUAAAAGCAAUGCUUAUGAGGAUUCCACUUGUGAUGAUCUCCGAGGAAAAGAAGUCUCUGAUUUUUAUUUCAUAAUGAAGUUUGGGAAGACAACUAUGUCUCAAUUUCAACAAGAUGGAGAAUGGCGCAGAAGGGACAGCGCAGUCAAACGAGGGCAACUCAGCAUUCCAUCAGACCAAGGAAAUGCAAUCGAAGUGCGAGCAUUGAGAAGCUCGAUCAGCGAUGCAGGCUCGCUCAUGCAUAACCUGAGCCUAUCCCCCUCGUUUCAAGAUAGGCGGGGGUCCCGGAAUUCUUUUGGCAUGGCUCUACCCAUUCCUAAGUCUCCACGAUCUUCAAGACUAUCUGGAUCUCGAGAUCCCGCAAGCCUCAAGCGAGAUGUACUUGCUUCGCAGAUCCAGGACAUGGCUAAGGAGAAGGUGGAGGCAGCCAAAAAUAUGGCAUUUGCUUUCGAUAUUGACGGUGUGCUGGUCCAUGGUAGCAAACUUAUUCCCGAAGCUGCCAGAGUCAUGGAGGUAUUGAACGGGGACAACGAGCUUGGUAUAAAGCUACCAUACAUACUCUUAACCAAUGGUGGGGGUAAGACUGAGAGCGCCAGAGUUGAUGAGCUCUCAGGGAUCCUCAAAUCACCAAUAUCCACAGAUCAGUUCAUCCAGUCCCACACUCCCAUGCAGGCAUUGUCGGAGUACUAUGAUACUGUUCUUGUGUGUGGCGGUGAGGGGUUCAAAGUCCGGCAAGUAGCUGAAGACUAUGGAUUCAAGACUGUUGUUCACACCAAGGACAUUCAAGCAUGGGACCCUACAAUCUCUCCCUGGAGCAAACUAUCGGACGAAGAGCGUAAACAAGCCAAGAUCCGCGACUUUGACAACUUGAACUUCGACGCCAUCAUGGUCUUUGCUGACUCAAGGGAUUACCAAACCGACAUGCAGAUCAUUAUAGAUCUUCUCCUUAGUGAAAACGGCCGACUCAAGACCAAGGCAAAGAACCCCCUUGCCAACCAAAUCCCAAUUUACUUUUCACAGGGUGACUUGGUUUUCCCUACCGAGCAUGCCCUUCCACGCUUGACGCAAGGGGCCUUCAGAAUUGCCAUUGAAUCUCAAUAUAAGACUCUAACAGGCGGAGAUCUAGAGCGUGUUAUAUAUGGAAAGCCAGAGCUUGCAACUUACAAGUACGCGGACACCGUGAUACAGCAAUGGAUGAAAGAAAUCCACAAUGAACAUACCCUUCCCAAGAACAUCUACAUGAUUGGUGAUAACCCUCAGUCAGAUAUCUGCGGCGGUAACAUGUAUGGCUGGAACACAUGUUUGGUACGCACUGGCGUGUUCAAGGGAGGCGAUAACGACAUCAAUAAUCCAGCAAACUUCGGAGUUUUUGCCAAUGUUCUUGAAGCUGUCCAGGCAGCAGUGAAGAAGGAAUUAGGGCAAGAGUUCAAACUCAAGUGGCAGGACGAAGAGGUCAACCCUGUCCUCCAACCUGGUGGAGUCUCCGCAAUCGAGUAA